AUGCUGAGCUCUCCGUCCCCGGUAAACGGGCAAUCUUCCCCAUGCCGAACCCCCGUCCAGGGGGAAGAUGGGUUCUCCAACAGCCCUGAGAGCACGCCUCGAUCUGCUUCUUCUGCAGGCGUAACCAGCGUUGGUAAAACCAGGUCUGGUUCGAAUUGUUCACCAAACGCAGCAUCCGGUGGACGACAGGCGUGGGUUGAGCCAGCUUCGCCGACAAGGCAGUCUCCGUUGCGUAAAUCUACGGUUCCAGGAGACGACGAAAGCUCGGACGACCAGGAGUCGUUGGCAAGUCCUUCGCGAUCUACCCUCGAAUCUUUGCGGAGACAGCGGGCGAAAAUGUCUUUGACGGGCGAUGGGAGGUCCAGAGGGGUACCAGAGGGAUCUCAUUCUCGGCCUGGUGCGUGGUCGAUGAGACGCAAUAAUAGGGUCGUUGCAGAGAGUCCGGCGGAAGUCCAGACGACAUCACAGGAAUCCACACCAACCAAGUUGAGAAGCUCUCCCGCCACUGCAAAUGCAUCUUCAACCGCAGCGAAUACUGCCCGGUCAAAAGUCACCUCUCCGGCGUCGGCAUCCCGAUUUUCCUUCUUCAACAUGGCAUCGACGUUGAAGGGUCUCGCGUCAAGUCCGGUCUCAGUGCCAAAGGACGAUGAGCUCAUGAACCUCGACAUCGAUGCCGCGCUAUUCCCCGGCGGUCCGCCUUCCGACAGUGAACCCUUCUCACCCGCUGCAUUCAAGAAUUUACAAAUGAAUGCCACGGGUCUGCUGCGAAAAUUCCAAGCAGCCUACCAAGACAAAGCCAUUGCGUGCCAGGAGCUCCGCGCCGAGCGAGAUGCGCAAGAAGACGAGAAAAUCGAAGUGCAAACCCGGACAGCCCACCUAAAGAUGCAGCUAGAAGGCAUGGCACAAAAAGCCGCAGAGACAGAGGCCAUGAUGCAAGCACUCAUGGAGGAACUUAAUCGGGAAAAGAGACUUCGUGCUGAGGAAAAAUCAGCUCGAGACAACGGCGUCAUGUCCUCUGGCAUGUCGACCAUAUCCGAAGACCUAGGCGUCGAAGACGACCAAAGGAAGAAGUACCGCCGGCGAAGCAGCGGAACGACCAAAUCUGAUGAGGCGGGCUUUGAUACCGAUGACGAAAGUAUAGAUGAAGUCAGCGUGUUUUCGAGGUCGCGCAGUCCUACACUCGGUGCAAGUAUAUCUGACGCCAACUCCGAGAUCCCAAGCCAAAGCUCGGCAACAACUCCCAAUCCUAAACCCGCUAUGCUCGAACCGCCACGUCCUACGCGCCAAUCACAACCCCAAAUGUCUGCUUUUCAGAAACUCUUCAAGGGUAUAUCUGGUGAAUCUGAACGGAUGGGUGUGCAGACCUGCCAGAAUUGCAAGGGCCAAGAUGCGAGCGUGGCGUGGGACACGGUCGGCCUGCUGAGGGAUGAGAAUAGGGGGUUGAAGCAGCGGGUUGGGGUAUUGGAGAGUGCGGUGGAGGAUUGCCUAGACGCGGUUAUGGGGGUGAAUUUGUAG